AAUAACAUUGAACAAACCAAUUGCGGUACUUUAUAUAUCUAGGGACUUUAGGCGUUCCGUGUUCUGUUAAUCUUAUUUAUACCAGAGAUUUAUACCUGUGAUUUAUACUAUAAUAUAUUUGCAUUUGUGUCGCCUGUCGCAUUUAGACUAUGGGUAAAUGGGCGAAAUAUGAAAAAAAACACAAGAAGGAAUGGGAACGUGAAGCCUUGUUUAAAGCUUGGCUCACAUCUAAUCCCAACCCCAAUUCAGAUGUUUCCAGCUAUUGCAAAGUGUGUGAAACUGGAUUGAGGUCCCACAAAUCUGAUCUAGAAAAGCAUGCAAAUACCUCUAAACACAAACAGCAAGCCUGUAAGGUGGAUAAACGUCAAUUACCCCUUCCAAGUUUUGGUAUAUCUGUAGCAAAUAAUUCCAUUAAAAAAAGAAAUAAUAUUGGCUUGUUACGUAGCUACUCACACAACUAUUCGAAGUGUCGACCACCUGACAGACAUCAUUAACAGCUUUAAUGAUAACGAACAGACAACAUCGUUUCGAUCUCAACCACCACGAGAGUUACAUCUUCACAGGACAAAAUGUUCAGCCAUAAUCAAGAAUGUGAUAGCUCCAUCCUUACUGAAUGAAUUAAUUGAAGACGUAGGUACUUCUCCAUUUUCUAUUAUUUUAGAUGAGUCGACGGAUGUGUCCACCAACAAAUUAUUAGCCAUAAUGAUAAAGUAUUAUUCUCAAAAAAGAAAUGAUGUUGUUACACAAUUUUUUAUCAUUUAUUAGUGUAGUUGAAGCUACUGCUCAGGUUUUGUUUGAAAAAGUAUGUGAAUUUUUUGAAUCAAUUAAAUUGCCUCUAAAAAUCUGAUAGGACUAGG